AUGGGGAAGACGCUCCUGGUGAUGUUGGUGUCUCUUUUUUCCGCCGGAGUGUUAGAGGAGGUGUCGGCUGUCAAAAUCGGUGUGAUUCUCAAACCCGACCUCAACAUUGUGCAAUCUGUCUACGAGGGAGUCAUGUACAACUACAGUAACAGCAACGUGGCCCAGGAAAUUAAGUUUAAAGUAAAGACCAGCUUUGCGACGUUGGAGGACACGGACCUCUUCUCGACCAGUAGAACGCUGUGCGAACAACUGCGCGGCAACGUGACGACCGUGGUCCUGUCCAGCACGCUCCACUCGUCGCUGGCCCUGCAGUCGCUCUUCAAGAACACCAACGUGCCGUACGUGGCCACGUCGUACCAGGAGCACUGCAGCGUUAACGUGGGCGGGAACCUGAACCUCCCGUCGGCCGACUCACUCGGGGUGUCCCUCCUGCCCGACUACCUGCCGGCAGUGGCCGAGGUUGUCGAUCAUCUUGCCUGGGACACCUUCGUCUACGUUUACGAUUCAGACAACGGGCCAUCCAAGUUGCAGAGGCUGCUCAGUCACCAGUUCAAGAACUCCGUGAGCAUGCGGUACGCCAAGAGGAUUUCCAACAGUAGCGACGCCAACGACUUCCUCCGUCUGCUUGAGACGACCGACCGGGAGAGCCGGAAGUACGUCCUCCUGGACUGCCGGUUCGAGACGGCCAAGAGGAUCAUCAUCGACCACGUCCGAGACAUCUACAUGGGAAGGAGGAACUAUCACUUCCUCCUGGUGAAUCCGGUUGUGAACGAAUUAACCUACGAGAAGGUACCCGAGUUCGUCGCCGUCAACAUUACUGGACUGCGUCUUGUCGGAGAGGACUUGUCACAGCAGUCGUCACUGGAUCCGUCGCAAGAACCCAGGGAGAAAAAAAUCACCGUGGAAGAAGCCCUCAUCCACGACGCAGCCACCCUCAUUGUGAACACCUACAAGGAGCUCAAGUUGCGAAGCCUCGUGCCCCACCGCUACUCGUACAUCUUCGAAGACCAGGAAGAGGACGAGAGGCGCGCGGGUCCCCAGCCACGUCCCAGGCUCGAAGCCGAGGCUGAGCUGCUCGAAGAAGGAGACCAGCUGCUCCAAGCGGACUCGCCGAGUAUGACGACCUGCGGCGAUCGGCCCUCGGUGCCCCAAGAGCUCGGCGAGAUCAUCACCAGGAACUUACGGGAGAGAAGUUUUCAAGGCCUUACUGGUUCCAUAAGGUUCACGUCGGACGGCUGCAGGAUAGACUACAACGUCCACGUCGUCCAACUGAAUGUGAACAAUGAAGCUAUCAAGAUAGCUGAGUGGUCCGACACGAAGGGGUUCGAACCCGUCAUCAAGCCUGCGAGAGUUGAAGUCAACGACACUGGCGUCUUAGACAAAGACAAGACGUACGUGAUCCAAAGCGUCCUGGAGAAACCGUACCUCAUGGUAAAAGAGUCUCCGGACGCCCAAGAUCGCACGGGCAACGACCGUUACGACGGCUACUGCAAGGACCUCAUCGAUGCUCUCGCGAGGGAGCUGGGCAUCAAGUACGAGUUGAGGGCGGCUGAAGAGACCGUCUACGGCCGCAGGGACCACAAGGUUCGGGGAGGGUGGACGGGUCUGAUCGGCGAGGUGCUUCGAAAGGAGGUGGACAUGGGAGUAGCCGCCACGGUAAUAAACGCCGAGCGGAAGGAGGCAGUGGACUUCAGCCAACCCUUCAUGACGACCGGGAUCGCCGCGCUGAUGCUGAAACCAAGCGAUCUGCCAGGACGUGGAAUGUUCACCUUCUUGGCGCCGUUCUCCCUGGAGCUGUGGAUUUUUUUCGUUUCGAGUUUCGGAUUGGUCUUCGUCAUCAUGUUCUUCGUGAGUUUCUUCACCACGCGAGUGUCUUCUACGAAACCGGGUAUGGAACACAGCGCCUGCGGUACCAUCUACAAGAGCCUCUGUUACUCCCUGGAAGCCUUCACGCCUCACUACAUUGACUCGUACUACGCGAGGUCAAUAUCAGGGAGGGUCAUCGGGAAUAUCUGGUGGCUGUUCAUCGUCUUCGUGUUUUCUGCGUACACCGCAAGCAUGGUUCCGUUUCUGUCCAAAGAGUCGAGGAUUCGCCCCAUCCGCAGUGUCGAGGACCUGCCCCUCCAGAGCCAGGUGGACUACGGCUUCAGCAGGCAGUCGAUGGCCAAGAAGUACUUUGAGAAUCCCAACCUGAACUCAACCGCCCACAGACGGAUGUGGGAAGUGAUGAACAGCAAGCCCGACGUCUUCAAGAACUCGAACGCCGAGGGCGUCGAUGCUGUCCGUUCUUCCAAGGGAAACUACGUGUUCUUCAUGGAAGCCAACGCGGUGGCGUUCGUCAACACGCAGCGACCCUGCGACACGAUGCAGCUCGGAGACACCUUCGGGGUCAGGAGCUUUGCCGUUGCCGUUCCGAAGGGAUCUUCACUCAGAAAACACCUGGAUGAAGCGAUCGCCCAUUUGUCCGAGACCGGCGAGCUGGACAAGCUCAAGAAGAAAUGGUGGACGCAGAAGUCCUACUGCCAGUAUCCCGAGAGAAAAGUGAGUACCGUCAUGCCGCUGGACAACUUCAUCGGUGUGUUCUUCAUCCUGGGCGGCGGAGUGGCACUCGGAAUCCUCGUUGGCCUCAUCGAAUUCAUCUAUAAAUGCUGUGUCCGCUCAUCUGCAGCAAAGGGCACAGUGCCUGAAACCACUUCCACGGGAGAGGCAACAAUAACCGAAAAAGAAUUCGCUGAACAAGCUCUCGCAAGCGCGUAA